CUGCGGCGGCAGCUGGAGUCGGGGGGUUUCGCGGCGGGGGAGUACGUGAAACAACUGUCGCAGCAGUCGGACGGAGACCGGGACCUGCAGGAGCACCGGCAGCGCAUCCAGGCGCUGAGCGAGGAGACGGCCCAGAGCCUGAAGCGCAACGUUUACCAGAACUACCGGCAGUUCAUCGAGACGGCGCGGGAGAUCAGCUACCUGGAGAGCGAGAUGUACCAGCUCAGCCACAUCCUCACCGAGCAGAAGGGCAUCAUGGAGGCCGUCACCCAGGCCCUGCUCCUCCAGGCCGACCGCGACGACCCCGCCCUGGGCGCCCGCCGUGCCGCCGCCGACCCCUUCCUACCGCUGUCGGCCAAGGAGGCGGCGGCCAGCGAAGAGGGCCGGCAGCGCACGCUCACCACCCUCCUGGAGAAGGUGGAGGGUUGCCGCGACCUCCUGCCCGAGAGCCCCGGCAAGUACCUGGUCUACAACGGCGACCUGGUGGAGUACGACGCCGACCACAUGGCGCAGAUCCAGCGGGUGCACGCCUUCCUCAUGAACGACUGCCUGCUGGUGGCCACCGCCCUGCCCAACCGCCGCGGCGCCUACCGCUACGAUGCCCUCUACCCCCUCGACGGGCUGGCUGUGGUCAACGUCAAGGACAACCCCCCCAUGAAGGACAUGUUCAAGCUGCUCAUGUUCCCCGAGAGCCGCAUCUUCCAGGCCGAGAACGCCAAGAUCAAGAAGGAGUGGCUGGAGGUGCUGGAGGAGACCAAGCGCAACCGGGCCCUCAGCGAGAAGCGACGCCUGGAGCAGGAGGCCCUGCCCCGGCCUGCCCCGACGCCCCCCAAAUCCACCAACCCCUUCGAGGAGGAUGAUGAGGAGGAGGAGGAAGAAGAGCCCUCUGCUGAGGAGGAGGUGGUCGACCUCUCACUUGAGUGGAUCCAGGAGCUGCCUGAGGACCUGGACGUCUGCAUCGCUCAGCGGGACUUCGAGGGGGCGGUGGACCUCUUGGACAAACUCAACGAGUACCUUGGGGACAAGCCUGUGAGCCAGCCCGUGAAGGAGCUGCGGGCCAAGGUGGAUGAGCGGGUCCGGCAGCUUACAGACGUGCUGGUGUUUGAGCUGUCUCCAGACCGCUCGCUGCGGGGAGGGCCGCGGGCCACCCGCCGAGCCGUGUCCCAGCUCAUUCGCUUGGGCCAGUCCACCAAGGCGUGUGAGCUCUUCCUGAAGAACCGGGCGGCCGCGGUUCAGACGGCCAUCCGACAGCUGCGCAUCGAGGGUGCUACGCUGCUUUACAUCCACAAGCUCUGCCACGUCUUCUUCACCAGCCUCCUAGAGACGGCGAGAGAGUUUGAGACGGACUUCGCUGGCAACAACGGCUGCUACUCGGCCUUCGUUGUUUGGGCCCGCUCUUCCAUGAGGAUGUUUGUAGAUGCCUUCAGUAAGCAAGUAUUUGAUAGUAAAGAGAGUUUGUCAACUGCAGCAGAGUGCGUCAAGGUAGCUAAGGAGCACUGCAAGCAGCUUAGCGAGAUUGGACUGGAUCUCACCUUCAUCAUUCAUGCCCUUCUGGUAAAGGAUAUCAAAGGUGCUUUACAGAGCUACAAGGAUAUCAUCAUCGAGGCCACCAAGCACCGCAAUUCUGAGGAGAUGUGGAGAAGGAUGAACCUAAUGACUCCAGAGGCGCUGGGGAAACUCAGGGAGGAGAUGAGGAGCUGCGGGGUAGGCAAUUUUGACCAAUACACAGGUGAUGACUGCUGGGUGAACCUUAGCUAUACUGUAGUAGCUUUCACCAAGCAGACUAUGGCCUUCUUGGAGGAAGCAUUAAAGCUUUACUUUCCAGAGCUGCAUAUGGUUCUUUUGGAGAGUCUUGUGGAAAUCAUCCUGGUGGCUGUCCAGCAUGUUGAUUACAGUUUACGAUGUGAACAGGACCCUGAGAAAAAAGCAUUCAUUAGGCAGAAUGCGUCCUUCCUGUAUGAAACUGUCCUUCCUGUUGUGGAAAAAAGGUUUGAGGAAGGAGUUGGAAAGCCAGCCAAGCAGCUACAGGAUCUGAGAAAUGCUUCAAGAUUGAUGCGUGUAAAUCCGGAAAGUACCACUUCGGUGGUGUGAAGUGACCUAACUGUUCUUACGAACAGAGUGUGAAAGCACUUACUGAAAAUGUUGUACAUUGAAUAUAUGAACUAAAUGUUUUUUCUGAGUCCCUGAAAAAUGCAGAAGUCUAACUGCUGCAUUCCAGAAGCUGAAGACUUAGAAUCAAAGCCUGCAAGGAUGGAACGCUUUUUUUGGUGGAUGGGGUAGGGGAGCGAGAAGUAAGGUCGCGGUCACGUGUCCUUGGACGGCAUAUCUUGUAAGAAUGGCUUGUGUAGUCUUUGUGACUUGAGAAAUACUGUAACAAACAAUUUUUGGCCAAAUGUUUGUGAAAGUCUUAAAUAUAUGUACACCGUAUGGCAGGAAAAGAUCACUUCUCAUCACGCCACAGUAGGAAUUCUUUUUUUAAGGCAGUGUUCUGGUAGGAGGGGAAGUGCUGAAAUGCUCCCAGGGUGUGGUAUUCGGUAAGGCAUGUCUACCAUCCAGAUGUGACUCAGCACUGCAGAUAAACAACAUGGAUUUGCACAGUCUGAUUUGUUUGGUAGCAAUGCAGACUCUUAAGUUUCUCCAACAUUCAAAUUCUCUAUUCAUUUCAGAGGCAGAUCUAAAUUUAAAAUGUGUUUUGUAUAGUUUUUUCUGUUUGGGUGAAGCAGCUUCUUCUGUUUAAUAAGCUGGCUGUCGGCUUAAAUUACAGCUCUCUGAAAGCAAACCUUCUGCUGUCAGAAACAUUUAUUCCCUUCAGAGGAGAAGUGAGAAUAACUCUUCCCUUCCCCUUUGUGUUCCCCUUCCUUGUUUUCUCAUGGACUUCAUUGGGGUCAAGUCUAUUUGAUGAAGCGUGCACUCUUGCUUGAGGUGCUGUCAUAAAUGCAUUACAGGCCAUUACCUACUGGUAGAAACCAUAGCGAAGAGGCAUAAAUGCUCUUGAGAUGUGCAGGGCAGGGAGAGGGUCUGAAGGUGCUGUUUCAUUUGGAAGAAACAGAAUGCUAGUUUUGCUGUACAGAAACAGCACAGGAUGAAGACACUGGGUGUGAGGCUUUUUGUAAAUUAUGUGAUCUUCAAAAUUCACACUCUGUCUCUCCUGCAAAUAUUGGUAUCUUUUCCUGUAACACAGCAAUAACCAAGAAGAACUAUCUUUUUUUGCAGAAAGCACAAGGACUGUAUUUGGUUGGGAAUGCUAAUGUAGAUGGGAGAAGUUUAUGCAGAUGCCUGUAUGUUUAGAUUGAAUGGUGAUGGCUAUCUCGUUCAGUAUGUGUCUCUGAAAAUAAAAUAGGCAGUGUCUUGUGUAAAGGCUGGCUUUAGAGCGCUGUCAGCAUCACCUUCUAAGCUGUGUAAACUUCUCCCCCUUUAGUGCAGACUUCUUAGUUGUGAGAAAAUCAUGUUAUGGCUAAGUCACCAUGUAUUAGACUCUGAAUAAGUGUUCUUAACUGGAAUAAUUGAGUAUCCUAUUCCUCUUGCACUUUAAAAUGAAAGCUUUUGCAAUUUGUAUCAUGGUAAUGAAUGCUUUGUGACUGCCUGAACAAAGAAAAGAUAUCGCUAGUAAAACACUCUGCAUAACUGCUUAUACUGGAGCUUCUUUGUUUCUCCCUAUUUUCACAGUGCUAGUUCAAUGCAGUUUUCACUUUAGUGGCUAGUUUCCGUUCUCUUGCUCUUGGGAUGCCUUUUGAACUGUCGGAUUUUGCAAAGCAUCCUACUGUCUCUGCUCACUUGCUUUCCAGUGUUUGGGUCUUUUGCUAGCAAAUCACGGAAGAAAACCAUACAAAAUGGUUUUAAAGGGUAACUCAUUGCUCUUAGCUAAAACUGAUUGAAAACCACUGAAAUAGCUAUAGUUUUAUUUUAAGGGACAGGGAGAGUUAGAGCUUCUGUGAACAUGUUACAUCCAAGAGAGAGCCACACAGGUGUUAUUUCACUAGUGAACUAUUUUUGAUACCAGAACCUAGUGAAGUGUAUCAAAGGAAUAUAGUCUGUAUCACCUGUUUAAAGUGGGCAAAGGUAGUAACCUGGCCUU